CCAGAGUCAAUGGUCUCUGAAGAGCCCCCAGAGAAACAACAGCGUCUCGAAGUUUCGUCGAUCGGACGACCCCCGGAACCCCAGCACAGCAGCCACCCGUGGUCACUCCCGAUGGAUGUCGUAGGAGGAUCCGUUUCACCGCUUCCGCCGAUGAACGGUGGAGCGCGAGACUUGUUCCCGCAACGAAAACAACGGGAAUUCAUACCUGACUCAAAGAAAGACGACUCGUAUUGGGACAGACGUCGACGGAACAAUGAAGCUGCCAAGCGCUCAAGAGAGAAACGUCGUCUCAACGACAUGGUUUUGGAAACCAGAGUUCUGGAGCUGGUCAAGGAGAACUCAAUGCUCCGAGCAGAGCUGAACGCCAUACGCGAGAAGUUCGGAUUGGGUCCCGCGAUGCUGCCGCAGCAGAUGCCCCACGGUAUAAAUCAAUUGCUCCAAUCGCAUCACCCGUCACCGUUAUCGGAUCCGGCGUCGCUUCAGCGAACAGUUAUACAUCAACCGAUACCUUUGCAUCAUCCCCACCUACAGCGAGCGGUGCCUUCUCCGGUAGUUACGCCGCAGACGCCUGCGAAACUCAUCUCAGCGCUGUCAAUGCCCAAAGUGAUGCAUCCAAUCUAUAGCCAGCCUCCUCAUCAGGUUCCUAUACACCCAGCCGAAGAGCACAUUUCUUCUUCGCCACACGAAAGCUCCCCGUUGUCUUCAGGGUCGUGGGCGUCUUCCGAGGAUCAUCCUCCGGCCCUCACUCCCAGCGUGGGGACGGCCUUCUCAUUGCCUCACAAACUCCGACACAAAUGGCUCAUGGGCAGCGAAUCGGGCGGCGUCCCCGAGCAUCGCGAACGGGAGGACGCGGUCUCGUCCGAUGGCGACAGCGGCGCGUCCUCGACCGAUGUUCCGGCAAGUCCUCCACGACCAGCGAAACAACGCAGACGCGUCAUUGUCAGCGCGACCGGGGAUCUCAAGACAGAAAAUAUUCAAUUGCGAUCCGAGAUGCAGAGGCUCGCAGAAGAAGUCGCUACACUUCGCGAUAUCAUGCUGAAUCCAAGCGUCACAGGUGGAACGCAAUUCCAAAAUUCGAAAGGCGAUAUCAGUCCUCCACCGACUCACGUCACUCCACCGCCAACGCCGGCUGAGCCCGAGGAUCUUCGAAAGAUCGGCGAAUCGUCUCCCUCGUCCUGUGGCAACAUGAGCGGAAGUGAACAUUGA